AUGAAGUUCAAUCCCUUUGUGACUUCUGACCGGAGCAAAAACCGCAAAAGGCAUUUCAAUGCACCUUCCCACAUUCGCAGGAAGAUUAUGUCUUCCCCUCUUUCCAAGGAGCUGAGACAGAAAUACAAUGUUCGGUCCAUGCCCAUCCGAAAGGAUGAUGAAGUUCAGGUUGUGCGAGGACACUACAAAGGUCAGCAAAUUGGCAAAGUAGUCCAGGUUUAUAGGAAGAAAUAUGUCAUCUACAUCGAACGGGUGCAGCGAGAUAAAGCUAAUGGCACAACUGUCCACGUGGGCAUUCACCCCAGCAAGCCCUGGGUGGCACAAACAGUUAAGCUCUUGACAGCCCAGAAGUAA